AUGGCACCCACAGCAGUUGCACCCUCUGAAACGAAAGUCGAGGCGCAACUCAAAAAACCCAUUGCGACCACAAAAAUCGAAACGAAAGGAGACGAUAUUCCAUCUGAAGAAAUUGAAGGUGAAGAAAAUGAAGAUGGUGACGAGGAAGUAGCCGGCGAGGGUGCAACUGGAGGAGAGGGAAAGAAGAAGAAAAAGAAGAAGAAACCCAAGAAGAAGAAACAGGAACAGUCUGAUCCUCCAAGAGUUGGUUUGUCCAAACUGUUCCCCAGUGGGAUUUAUCCGGAGGGCGAGCUUCAGCCUUACAAGGAUGACAACACCUAUCGUAUUACAUCCGAGGAGGCGCGAUAUAAGGAAAAGUUGGCUAAUGAAGAUCCAGAAACUACUUACAAUGACAUUCGACGUGCCGCUGAAGUUCAUCGUCAAGUCCGAGAACGGGCAAGAAAAUUUAUUCGUCCUGGAAUGACCACCACCGAGAUUGUCAAUUACAUUGAAGAUGGUACAAGAGCACUGGUUGAGGAAAAUGGAAUGCAGAGCGGCAUUGGGUUCCCAACUGGGGUGAGCUUGAAUCACUGUGCUGCUCACUACACCCCAAAUGCGGGCGACACUACUGUACUCCAACAAGGAGAUGUACUCAAGGUCGAUUUCGGCAUCCAUGUGAAUGGAAGAAUCGUGGAUUCUGCCUUCACCCUCACAUUUGAUCACACAUAUGACAAACUUGUUGAAGCUGUCAAGGCUGCAACUGAUACUGGCAUUCGGGAAGCAGGAAUUGACGUCAGAUUAGGAGAACUCGCAGGAUACAUCCAAGAAACGAUGGAAUCAUAUGAAGUCGAGGUUGGAGGGAAGGUGUAUCCUGUGAAACCCAUCGAAAAUCUUAGCGGGCACUCCAUCAACAAAUAUCAAAUCCAUGGAGGAAAAUCAGUCAUGCUCGUAAAGAACGACGAUCAGACCAAAAUGGAGGAAGGGGAAUACUUCGCAAUUGAGACUUUCGGUUCAACGGGACGAGGUCGGAUAGUUGAGAGCGGCGAAUGCUCUCACUAUGCCAAACGAGUGGACGCGCCUCAUGUCCCUCUUCGACUCACUUCGGCGAAAUCGCUUCUGAAAUCAAUCAACACUCAUUUCGGAACUCUUCCAUUCUGCCGCAGGUACCUUGACCGGGCAGGAGAAAGCAAGUACCUGCUUGCCCUCAACCAUCUAGUCAAUCAGGGCAUUGUGCAAGACUAUCCUCCUCUGUGCGAUCAACGUGGAUCGAUGACCGCUCAAUUUCGCAUUACCCUUCCGAAAGAGCAGCCUACCCAACGCUCGCCUGCUCAAUCUCUCCUCCAUUAUGAAACCGGAUCUCCCCCGCCUUCAGCUCGAGUUGACCCAAAGCUUAAGCUCCAGCCGAGGCGCCCAUUGCGUCUUUGGGACUAUUGGAAGUUUGGGUUCAUUGUCGCUGCGAAAGCUACCGAGGUUACGUCUGAUGUUGUCUCCCAUCACAUAUGGGGGCCCCGGCGUAAAUCUUGGGGAAUUGAAAUGACAAUUGUGACCAGCCUUAUACGUGGAGCAGAGCGUCAUAGCGCAAUGGUGGAUAUUGGAACCAUACGCAUGCUUAUGGGCAUUGGUGGACUAGUACCACUGCCAUCCGAUGCGCUCGUGUCGCCUGUUACUUUUCGUGUCAAGAAGCUCAACCUUCGCGGAAUUCUAGCAGAUUUCGAUGCUAAAGAAACUGGUCAGCGUGAGCUCUCUGGAGAAUGGGUUGUGGGUCGUAAGACUUGGCAAAGGAUGCAAACAGAAUGGAAAGCAUCAAAUAAACCUACCGUCAGAAGAUCACAUUCGGUUUCCAGCAGUGAACCCUUCGAUUUGAAUACGGUCAGUAACUCUGACUCUAUGAAGAGAAAGGAGAGGGUCAUCUUGUACAUUCACGGGGGUGCAUACUACCUGUCAAGCGCAGCAGCUCAACGAAUCAUCUCGAUCCCGUUGGCGAAAUAUACUGACUCCCGCGUAUUUGCUGUGGAUUAUCGACUGGCACCCGAAACAUGCUUUCCUGGACCCCUACACGAUGUUGUUAUCGCAUACCUGCGGCUUGUCGAAGACUUGCACAUUCCUCCUGAAAAUAUUAUUAUUUGUGGGGACAGUGCAGGCGGCGGCCUUACACUGGCACUUUUGAUGUACUUGCGAGAUAAUUGUUAUACACUUCCGUCAGGUGCAAUCCUCAUGUCUCCUUGGGUUGAUUUGACCAUGAGCUGCGAGUCUUGGGAUUCAAAUGCAACUUACGACGUCGUACCCUUCCCCACAGCCGAUAAUCACAUGAAUCCCAUCGCCCUCUAUCUCGGGGAACACACCGAAGAAUAUCUGACUCAUCCGUACGCAAGUCCACUUUUCGGAGACUUCAGGGGACUUCCACCUCUGCUUGUGCAAGCUGGUGACGCUGAGGUGCUGCGGGAUGAGAUUACGUUAUUAGCCCAUAAAGCGACCAUGGCUGGUGUACAAGUAAUGCACGAGCUCUACGAGGAUGCUAUCCAUGUCUUUCAAGCAUAUCCGUUUUUGGACGCCUCUCGUCGAUCCUUCGAAUCGAUGCGUAAUUUCGUACGAGACGUUCUGCCCAAGUACCAGAGCCGAUCGCCUCAACUUCUUGCGUCUAUUGCCGAGCUAGGAAUGGAGCGAGAAAUCGAAACAGAGAGGUCGGUGUUUGUGGGUGGAGAUGGAUUGGAGGAGAAGAUGCAAGACAGGAAACUGUCGGUUGAUAACGUAAAUUGUGGGAAAGACGGUGGCAUUUAUGAGAGGACGAUUGGCAUGGACGACUCUGAAGAUAGCGAUACUGCAAGCUGGGUGCGAUCACCCGCCUGGUCGUCGAGGCCUCUAGCUGCUGCCAAAGGAUCUCCCAUAAACAGCCUGAAGGUAUUUGAGGCUGAUAAAGGCGAUUUUGAGCAUAUCGAAAAUAGCGAUGUCAAAGACGUUCCAUACUUUUACCUUUCGCCGCCUAUCGAAUCAUCCCUGCCUCGCCAUUCCGCUCCCGUCCUUCCAUCUAGGCCAACCCUUUCAACGUUUUUGUCUAAUUCAUCGACGAAUGAUGCAUCAUCUCCCGAUCCGUCACCAGCUCCAAUUUCAGACGAGAGGGGACCCCGGCGGAUACAGUCGACGAGUUCAUUACUCAAGGCAUUUUCGUCAGCUCAUGACCAACAACUUGCUGAAGUUCAAUCGUCUCAGCCGCAUUAUCAUUCUAUGCGUUCUCCUAUUCAUCGUAGUUUUGGAUUUAACCUGUUUAGCUCGACACACUCACUUAGCGCUAAGCGCCAACGUCGCUCACGUUCAACAGCUAGUCUCAUAGGAGAUACGACACCACCACCAUCACCACUUCCUUCUCCUUCUAUUCGAAAGAGAAGGUUGUCAUCAGCAUUGGCAAUGACAAGCUGUAAUGGCUCUAAAACUUUGUCUACGACUGAAGCAACGGCGUCGGCGUAUACUGAUGAUUGUCAAGAGGACAUCAAGACUCUCGUUGAUGAAUGGACACGGACUGGCCCUGCAAACCAGACCGUAGUUGUCAGUGCCCAUCCAUCAAUAGCGAAUCGGUGA